AUGGCUGAUCAACCAGCUAGACCCAAAGAAGACAAACAGACGUCGCCCCUGAGAUCAAAGAUUGUGCGCUCCCAAAAGAUCUCCGCUGCCGCCUCUGGCCACUCUCCCUCCCCCUCCCCCUCCUCGGAGCGCGCAGACGUGCCGACCCCCCUGCCACGGUACGACGGCUAUCAGGACUCGUCCGCCCCGGACCGCGCCCCUCCUGUGCCGCGCAGCCAUACGCCAGGCCACCUCUCUUCAAAGAGCCAGGUGUCCAGACCCCCUUCUGCCCCCGCCCCGAAUGCGCCCCCCGUCAGCAUAAGGAACGCCGCCCCGGCCUCGUCCUCGGCCGCAAACAGGCCGCGGGAGAACGGCGAACAAAGACCAGACGGCAGGCCAGAGUCGAGAGGCGAUGCCUCCGCCAGUGGCGCCCGCCCGCCCGCCUUGCGAUCUACGUCGGCCAUAGCAGGCAAGCCGGCACCGCCCGCAGCUACCAACGGCACCGCUCGCUCGUCCAACGCCCACCGCACCUCGGCAACAACCACCUCGAAACACCCCGCCGCCGGCACCUACAAGCCAUUCCCACCUCUCGCCUCCCCCACCAGCUCCAUCCACGUUCCUCCCGCCCCCAGCUCGGGCAUGUACUGGUCGCGCGCCCCCGUCUCAGGGCGCCCACACCCGGCCCUGAGGGCCCACACGACGACAAUGAUCGGCAGCAACAUCUACGUCUUUGGCGGCUGCGACAGCCGUGCCUGCUUUAAUGACCUUCAUGUCCUCGACGCUGACGCUUUUCACUGGUCACAACCAUACGUGUCGGGCGACAUCCCCGUCCCCCUGCGCGCCAUGACCUGCACCGCCGUUGGCAAGAAAUUGGUCAUAUUUGGCGGCGGCGACGGGCCUGCCUACUACAACGAGGUAUAUGUGCUCGACACCGUCAACUUCAGGUGGACAAAGCCGCGGAUCCUGGGCGACCGGGUGCCUUCCAAGAGACGGGCGCACACAGCAUGUCUGUACAAGAAUGGGAUCUACGUCUUUGGAGGCGGUGACGGCGUGCGAGCACUCAACGACAUCUGGAGGCUGGACGUGAGCGACCUGUCCAAGAUGAGCUGGAAGCUGAUCUCGAGCCCGACAGACGAGGCCGGCAACUCCAAGACCAGGUCGCCGGGCGGGGGCGGGGCCCCGGGCAGGGAGUCCAAGCCAAAGGCCCGUGGCUACCACACUGCCAACAUUGUCGACGGCAAGCUGAUCAUCUUUGGCGGCUCUGACGGCGGCGAGUGCUUCAACGACGUGUGGGUGUACGACAUUGAGACCCACGCGUGGAAGUCUGCACCCGUGAGCGGGACGUUCAGGCGGCUCUCGCACACGGCGACAAUCGUAGGGUCCUAUCUCUUCGUCAUCGGCGGGCACGACGGCAACGAAUACUCCAACGACGUCCUGCUGCUCAAUCUGGUACAGAUGACUUGGGACAAGCGCAGGGUAUACGGGCUGCCGCCCAGCGGCAGGGGCUACCACGGCACCGUCCUGCAUGACUCCCGGCUGUUGACGAUCGGGGGCUUUGACGGUGGCGAGGUGUUUGGUGAUGUCUGGAUCCUGGAGAUGGCGGUGCACGCGUAUUAUUCACAGAUCAGCCACUUCCAGAUCGAGCUCUAG